CAUUUGAGGGAGUGCCUCUUUAGAGCCCAUGAUGUUUCCCUUAAAGGAUGCUGAGCUAGGCGCUUUCACUUUCUUUGCUUCCGCUCUUCCAAACGAUGUUUGUGGCAGCAACGGCUUGCCUUUGACACCAAACUCCAUAAAAAUCCUGGGGCGCUUUCAAAUUCUCAAGACAAUUACGCAUCCCAGACUUUGUCAGUAUGUGGAUAUUUCUCGUGGAAAACAUGAGAGGCUGGUGGUUGUUGCUGAGCACUGUGAACGGAGUCUGGAAGAUUUGCUUCGAGACAGGAAACCAGUGAGUUCUUUUAGGAUUUUGUGUAUCGCUUAUGAAGUAUUGGAGGGGUUGCAGUACAUGAACAAACAUGGAGUAGUCCACCGAGCCCUUUCACCUCACAAUAUCUUGAUGGAUCAAGAGGGACAUACUAAGUUGGCUAAAUUUGGCCUUUACCACAUGACAGCUUAUGGUGCUGAUGUUGAUUUUCCUAUAGGAUAUCCUUCAUACCUGGCACCAGAAGUAAUUGCACAGGGAAUUAUGAAAUCCAGUGAUCACAGUCAAAGUGAAAAGCCUCUACCUUCAGGCCCUAAAUCCGAUGUAUGGUCCCUUGGUAUAAUCUUAUUCGAGCUUUGUGUGGGCACAAAGCUGUUCCAGAGUUUGGAUGGAGCUGAAAGAUUAAAACUUCUGCUUAAUCUUGGAUGUGUGGAUGAUAUCAUAACAAUACUGGCUGAGGAACACUGUUGUCUGGACACUAUCAAGGAAAUGCCAGAAAAUGUUUUAGCUCUGCUGAAGAAAUGCCUUACAUUCCAUCCUUCUAAGAGGCCUACUCCAGACCAGUUACUUAAAGACUCCGUGUUCAAUGAAAUCUCUUCCUUAUACCCACCUUUCCACAAACCUGCUAGCCUUUUUUCAUCCACUCUGAGAUGUGCUGAUUUAACUCUUCCUGAAGAUAUUAACCAGCUGUGUGAAGAUGAAAAUGCUGAUUACCUAGCAGAGAGAUCAAUUGAAGAGGUUUAUUAUCUCUGGUGCUUGGCUGGAGGAGACUUGGAGAAGGAGCUUGUCAACAAGGAAAUCAUUCAUUCAAAACCACCCAUCUGCACGCUCCCAAUUUUUUUGUUGGAGGAUGGGGAGAGCUUUGGCCAAGGACGAGAUAGAAGCUUCCUUUUGGAUGAUACAACGGUGACGCUUUCACUGUGCCAGCUCAGAAACAGGCUGAAAGAUGUUGGUGGGGAAGCAUUUUAUCCUUUGCUUGAAGAUGACCAGUCAAAUUUACCCCAUUCAAACAGCAAUAAUGAAUUAUCUGCUGCUGCUAAUCUUCCUCUUAUUAUCCGAGAACGAGAUACAGAAUACCAACUCAACAGAAUCGUCCUUUUUGACAGAUUGCUAAAGGCCUAUCCAUACAAAAAAAAUCAGAUUUGGAAAGAAGCAAGAGUUGAUAUUCCUCCAUUAAUGAGAGGUUUAGUUUGGGCUGCCUUGCUUGGAGUAGAGGGUGCCAUUCAAGCAAAGUAUGAUGCCAUUGACAAGGACACUCCAAUUCCUACAGAUAGACAAAUUGAAGUUGACAUUCCUCGGUGUCAUCAGUACGAUGAGCUGCUGUCAUCACCAGAGGGUCACGCAAAGUUUAGACGGGUAUUGAAAGCAUGGGUGGUUUCCCAUCCUGAUCAUGUAUAUUGGCAAGGACUUGAUUCUCUCUGUGCACCAUUCUUAUACUUGAAUUUUAACAACGAAGCCCUGGCCUAUGCCUGCAUGUCUGCUUUUAUUCCUAAAUACCUGUAUAAUUUCUUUUUAAAAGACAACUCUCAUGUGAUUCAAGAAUACUUGACGGUGUUUUCCCAGAUGAUUGCAUUCCACGACCCGGAACUGAGUAACCAUCUCAAUGAAAUUGGCUUCAUUCCAGAUCUAUAUGCGAUUCCUUGGUUUCUCACAAUGUUUACACAUGUCUUUCCCUUGCACAAAAUCUUUCAUCUUUGGGAUACGCUACUACUUGGGAACUCUUCCUUCCCGUUCUGUAUUGGAGUGGCAAUUUUGCAGCAGCUGAGGGAUCGGCUUCUUUCUAAUGGAUUCAACGAAUGCAUUUUGCUCUUCUCUGAUUUACCAGAAAUUGACAUUGAACGAUGUGUCCGUGAAUCAAUCAACCUCUUUUGCUGGACCCCUAAGAGUGCUACGUACAGACAAUAUGCCCAGCAUGCUAAGCAAGCAAAUGAGAUCAACUGCCCCAGAAGUUUAGUGUCCUGUUUGUCAUCAGACUAUCAAGAUGCGCCCAGAAGUGAUCUGUCUAGGGACUCUAUCAAGUUGAAUGACCUGAAAUCGGAAGUUUCUCCACGGAUCUCAGCAGAAGAUUUGAUUGACCUGUGUGACUUGACAGGACCUGGGCAUUUCAAGACUCCGACAAAGAAAACAAAAUCUAGCAAGCCAAAGCUGCUUAUUGUUGACAUUCGGAACAGCGAGGAUUUUAAUCGAGGGCAUAUAUCAAGCAGCAUCAAUAUUCCAUUUGGGUCGGCGUUCACUGCAGAAGGGGAGUUCAUCCAGUGCCCUGCAACAGCCACGCUUCAGAGCUUUAAAGGAAGAGUUGUUGUAGUUGUUGGAAAUGUGGCGAAGAAUGCAGCAUUGUUUGCAGCCCAUCUCGUGAAAAUCAAAUAUCCAAGGGUUUGCAUUUUAGAUGGAGGCAUAAACAAGCUCAAGCCUACGGGUCUGCUGACAGUUCCUUCUCCACAAAUAUGAGCAACUGUAAAUAUCCUGAGAGCUUGAGGUGUCUUAUCAGUGAUGUGAGAAAACUGUGAAGGUGUUAACGGCGCGUGUGUCAAUAAAAGCAACAGAUUAUUGGAGUCUUUCCAUGCUAGUUUUUCAGAAGAUU